ACUACCACGACACACACGACGAAUUGCGAAUAUAUUUCCUCCACACUAUCAACCACCCAAGAUCAGUGCAGAAUCCACGCGCCGACCCUUCCCUCAAUUCUCGACCUUGUUUGACACCCGGCCUACUCUUUUCUGUACUCCUUGAUCCACAUACUGCUAAGCCAUGAGCAUCUCGAUUCCCGUUUAGCUUAUUCUCACAUCCCCUGUCACGUUGCCUCACCAUGGCAACCGACUGGAGCAAGCUUACUGUUGUCGAACUGCGGGCUGAACUGAAGAGGCGUGGUCUUCCCCAGACUGGCAAGAAGGCAGAUAUUGUCGAGCGUCUUGCUAGUGCCGAUGCUGAAGAGGAAAAUAAAGAUGAUGCAGGCAUUGAAGAGGCACCAGGUGGCGAAGAAGAGACAACUGUGGAAGAGGCAGCUGUGCCAGACUCCGUCUCAGAACUAAAGCCCAAGACCGACUCUGACAGCACUCGACAACCAUCUGCAGAGAUUGAGCAGCCUGAAAAGGCAAUCCCACCCCCAACUUCCCCACAGAAGCCCGAUGUCGCGUCUUCCACCCAAAUCCCCCCAGAGGAAUCGACGCCCAUUGUCGAAGCUACCACCCCAUCCCAGCAGGUCGUCACGACCAGCACAAAAAAUGUGGAGAAAGAGCCCAGUUAUGUCGACACCCCGCCUGCACCUAGUGAAGUGGUCAAGGAUACACGGGCAAGAAAGCGGCGAUCACGGAGCCCACCCCUAUCUGCAGAGGAGGAUGUUCGGAAGCGUGUGCGCCGGGACGACGAGGAUACACACAUGGCUGAAACUGAUGGGCUAGCUCAAGCAAAUGGCGUUGCACCUGAAGAACCCAAGGUUCUUCCACUCACCAAGGAGCAGCUCGAUGAGCAGCCCUCGUUUGCAGAAGUCAAAUCUGUGGAGGCCAUUGAGCAGGGCAUUGAGCAGCAACCGCCCCAUGCAGCUGAACAUGCUAGACCAGAUGUGGACAUGGAUGUUGACGAGACUGAGGCUCUCAAGACCCAGAAUAUCGCCGAUGCAUCCCAGUCUCCUCGCGACCUCCAUCACCCAGUGGAUCAUGAUACUGCGGAUGACAAUGUCACUGGCUACGGCGCCGUCAACUCCUCUUCUGGCUUGGACGAAAAGGCAGUUGUCCCUGCAAUCCACCCUGCUACUUCAGCUCUCUACAUCAAGAACUUCAUGCGCCCUCUCCGAUCCGCCAUGGUCCAGGAGCACCUUGUCCAACUCGCGACUCCUCCUGGCAGCCGCUCUGACCCUAGUGUCAUCCACGAAUUUUACCUCGACCAGAUCCGAACUCACGCAUAUGUCAGCCUCAGUAGUGUCUCUGCGGCAGCUCGAGUUCGCUCGGCCCUCCAUGAUACCAUUUGGCCCGACGAGCGGAAUAGGAAACCACUCUGGGUUGACUUCAUCCCAGCAGAAAAAGUAGUCGAGUGGGCUGAGAGGGAGCAGUCGGACAAGGAUGGCCGAGGGAAUCUGAACCGCUGGGAAGUUCUUUAUGAGCCAGACGAUGAGGGAAACAUGGUAGCUAAGCUGGAAGAAGUUGGGGCGGAUUCUGCUAGACAGACUGCAAGACCCCCGCCUCCGCCUGUAGCUGGCUUCAUCCCUACAGGCCCAUCCCGAAGCAACAUUGGCAUCGAAGGCGCUCCUCUUGGUCCUCGAGGGGCCGGUGGACGAACGGGACCCAACCGAGGGCAGGUACCGGCUACUCUGGGAGAAGGGUGGAAAGCCACACGAGCCAUGCCGUCACUCCACUACAGAGCGGCGCCGGAAGACCUCGCCAGGCGGCGCCUGGGCAACAUGCGCUCCUACUGCUCGACCGAGCGCAACCGCGACAUGGGACGAGAGGACGAGAUCAACCGCUACACAUUCGAAGACGAGACCUCAUUUGUGGACCGCGGCAAGGAAGUCUUCAUCGGCAUCCGCCCGCCCCAUCGGGAACGCGAUCGACGCCGACGUGGCGGGGCUGCUUUUGGUGGUCCUCCUCGUGGUCCUCCUCGGGGCCCGCCACCCGGCGGCCCACCCCCUUUCCGACCACGCCCCGGUAGCGACCGGUAUUUUGGCGGAGGAGGCGGCGGCGGCUCGCGUAGGGAUGAUGUGGGCCCUCGCUCUCGCUUGGAUGGCGCCCCUCUUCCAACCUUCGGUGGUCGAUCUGACAGACGUGGUCGAGAUGACCAUAGAGGCUCUCGAUACUGAUCUGAUGUAUCUGAUCGGCAGUUACGCGGCUCGAAAUGAGUCCGAUCUAGGCUGCCGAUAUUGGGGCUUUGUGUGUUUUUCUGUUACCUGUUUCGGCGCUCUGGUUGACGACCUGUGUUGGAUUUGUUUUCGCACAUGCUCAGUUCGACGGGCCGCACAUGGCCCGAUUUCUGCAUUUGAGUACGCUUAGGUGCCUCACUUUCCAUGAACGACGAUAGUUCAUGGUCGCCUGUAGAAUACUGUCCACGAAAAAUAGGGGAGAGCAUGGGAAGCAGGGUACAGAAGGAAGGGAGGCAUUGGCACUUCGUCGGAACCUUCAUAGAUACCCAAUACAAUGUCUGAG